AUGCAAGCUAACCAAGAAUAAGUUUUAAAAUUACUUCUAACUGGGAGUGUAUCUGUUGGGAAAUCAGCUUUUGUGAAUUAAUUCAAAGGUUAAGAAUUUAAUGAAAAAUAUAUUCCGACUAUCGGAGUAGAUUUUAAUGAAAUGAAUUUGGAAUUAAGUGGUAAAACUUAAAAAUUAUAGGUAAUAUUACUUCUAUAACAAGAUCUGGGAUACUUCUGGAUAAGAAAAAUUUAUGCCUAUCGUUUCAAGUUAUUUUCGAGGAUCUCAUGGAAUUUUUAUUUUAUAUGAUAUCUCUAAUAAAUAGUCCUUCAACGAUGUAUAGAAAUGGUUAUAAUGUAUUAAUCUCUUUUUUAUAAUAAUAGAAGUGAAUAAGUAAGGAAAUAAGAAUGUAUGUAAAAUGUUGAUUGGGAAUAAAAAUGAUUUACAGGAUGCUAGAUAAGUCUCAUUAGAUGAAGCAUAAUAAUUAGCAAAUGAUUCUGGUAUGUCUUUUAUGGGUAAUUAAAAUAUAUUAUAUAACAGAAAUAUCUGCAAAGAAUGGAUUAAAUGUUAAAUAAGCUAUAAGGUUGCUGACAACUGAAAUCUUAAAUUAAUAAGAAAAAUAAAAAUAAGAAAAUCAGGCUGAAUAAAAGUGAGAGAG